GUCAGUUUCCACUGCUAACUACGAAGAAGGUGUUCUGGAAAGGAGUGCUAGAGGAGCUGCUCUGGUUCAUCAAGGGUUCGACAAAUGCCAAAGAGCUCUCUGCAAAAGGCGUGAAGAUUUGGGAUGCUAAUGGAUCACGUGAGUUUCUGGAUAAGCAGGGUUUCAGCACCAGAGAAGAAGGGGAUUUGGGACCAGUUUAUGGUUUCCAGUGGAGGCAUUUUGGAGCAGAAUACAAAGAUAUGCACACAGAUUACUCCAACCAAGGUGUUGAUCAGUUGCAAAAAGUGAUUGAAACGAUCAAAACCAAUCCAGAUGACAGAAGAAUCAUUAUGUGUGCUUGGAAUCCCAAAGAUAUUUCUCUGAUGGCCUUGCCUCCAUGCCAUGCCCUUUGCCAGUUCUAUGUUCUGAAUGGUGAACUGUCUUGCCAACUCUAUCAGAGGUCUGGAGAUAUGGGACUAGGAGUGCCUUUCAAUAUUGCCAGCUAUUCACUGCUCACAUACAUGAUUGCCCAUGUCACCGGGCUAAAGCCCGGAGAGUUCAUACACACAUUAGGAGAUGCUCACGUAUAUCUGAAUCAUGUGGAACCUCUAAAAGUUCAACUUCAGAGGGAGCCAAGACCUUUCCCCAAACUCAGAAUUCUUCGUAACGUUGAAGACAUUGGUGACUUUAAGGCAGAAGACUUUCAGAUUGAAGAUUAUAAUCCUCAUCCACCUAUUAAAAUGGAGAUGGCUGUUUAAUGCUAUAAAACAGCUUCUGUUAACGUGGAAAUGUACCUAAGCUACUUAGCCUGCUCUGCUUAAAGUU